AUGUCCAGCUGCAGGUCAAGUUUUGUGUCUAUUUUGAACAAUGAUGAUAACCCGGCAUUUGCCGUUCGAUCAACAUAUGGGAUUCCGACACAUUAUCCCACAUCAUCACAGUAUCAAUUAGAACCGCCUUCAGCAAAAAGCACGUCAGAGUAUCAUUAUGGUCGCACAUACUCUGACUCACCAUCACCGCGGGUAAUGCGACAAGCAUUCGACCCAGUCACCGAGGCUACCAGGGCAGCCUCACCGGGUUCAUCAGAUUGUUCUUCAUACGACUAUACAGCUAGCUCAGGCACGGGCUCCUACUACCACCCCUACGCUAGGCACGAUCCGUAUGCUUAUCACCCGCGUCCCGACAAACGGCUCAGUGGUAACUCCAUGGCCGAACCCCCAUCACCUCAAACGUCGAUCGCUAGCACGUCAAAGGAGUCUGUUGGCGCUAAACCAGCCCGCAAGAACAAGUAUCCCUGUCCGUUCGCUGCCAGCCACGCCUGCACUGCGACCUUUACGACAUCAGGGCAUGCAGCACGACACGGCAAGAAACACACGGGGGAGAAGAGCGUACAUUGCCCGAUUUGCAACAAGGCGUUCACCCGGAAGGACAACAUGAAACAGCAUAUCCGGACGCAUCGGACACAUUCCGAAGAAAUGUCUGCUAAUUCGACGUCGCGGAGUAGCGAUGCUAGCCGGGAGUGGGCGGCCAGGAGAACGAACCGAUUGUACGAUCAUUAGCAAUUUGACGCAUGGUUUCGGAGAUAUGAUUGCCUACGAUAAUAUGAGGACGAUGAUUUCGGUGUGAUGCGGUCACCGCGACGUCUCCUGCCAUCACAAAAGGCCCACAAAUAAGGCCCUGAGAGGACUUCUCUUCCUCAAAAGACCAUCGCGGUCCAGGCAUUGAUGGAACUCAUACGGCCGACGCGCUCACCUGGUUCCUUCUAUACAAUGAAGGCUGAGCGAAACGACAGCCGUUAAAGGCAGGUGGCUGCUGAGACAUGACCUUCUGCAUCCUUCUACUGCCUUACUAUUCUUUUCUCUUCUUCUCGCCGUCUGAAAAACGACGGAUAGAACUGGAUAGACUUAUGCUUCCCAGCAGCGUGAAUUUUUUUUUUCUCUCUUCGUUCAUCUUCCAUUGCAUUGUUUAUUUGUUUUUGCCGUAUUCUUUUUCGCAUAAGACCUGCAUAUAUCAGCUAUCAGCGUUUACUUUUCUUUGUUUGUCUUCUUAUGUCAUGAAGGGCCUGAAGAUCAUGGCCCAGGGCCAGAGGCAUGUACUAUAACAAAGCGACGUCAGUUAGGCUCAGUUGAGCCCCAAUCAUAUGAUACCCAGAGGGUUUGAUUGUCCU